AUGACUCAUCUACAAGGAAUACAACUCAAACCACAACCCCAUGAACAAAGAAAAAGCCAAAACAAACCCUUUAUCAACCCACCAACCGAACAACCAACAAAGAAACCACCCACCACAAAGCCAUUCAUACAAUCUAUCGCAUAUAACCCGACCCAUUCAGCACAAUCAUCGAGUCUAGUCCAAUUCCAACUUCCAAGAACUUCCUGGCCCAAAAUGCAUUACGUCUACUACGCCUCACUAUAUACCGUCUGGGCGCUGAUGCCCGUCGGGAUCCCGGACCGGGGGUGGUGGGCCGAAAUGGCCAAGUUCUUGGAGGAGUGUCUCAUGGUUAUCCAGCUUGGUGGCGAGGACCGGUUUAAGAUUAAGAAGGUCAAUCCUGUUGUGGAUGAGGGGUAUGAGACUGGGGAGGGGAGUAAUUGUGGGGGUGGGUUUCGGGGUUGUGCUGGGGAUGAAUAUAGUGAGGAUGAUUCUGAGGAGGGGAGUGAGCAGGAGCGGGAUAGUGAGGGGAGUCAUACUGAUGAUGAGAAUGCAAGUGAGGUGGAAACGGUUAUUGAUGAGGAGGGACAUGUCAGUGAUGAGGGUGAUGAUGAGGAGGAGGAAGAGGUGAGAGAGAGCGAUAUGGCAGGUCAAGGUGAUGGACAUACACCGGAGAUCGUGAUCAGGAUUUCUAUGGAAGCAGGUGGACAAGUGGAAAGCAAUUAA